AUGUUUGCAGCUCUUGAGGUGCAUACCACAGAGACUCUUGCUGCUGGCCGAGCAGCUCUAGAUGAAUUUUCACAGACAUAUAUUUCGAAGUCCAAAUCCGAACUGAAGAAUUGGAAUUUCCCAAAGAUUCACCUGGCUACUCACCUUUUUGAUGACAUCAGGCGCAAAGGUGUUACCCAAAAUUUUAAUACGAAGCCAAACGAGAAAGCACAUCGACCACUGAAGAAAUCCUAUCAACUUCAGACGAAUUUCAAGGAUGUCGCAGAACAGGUUGGGUCUGCUAUCAUCUUUGAAUUGAGUUUAACCAUUGGAGCCUGGUGUCUACCUGGGUUUGUUAUCGACUAA